AUGAAGUAGAGCAACACCUCCUCUUUCCAGAUGUAAUGAGCUCGACGCUUUGAUAAUCAUGGAACUUCCCAUCCUACCAUUUUCACCACCUAACGUCACUGUUACCCCUCACCCACCAUUGGUAUCACUCAGCUCCUUCUUACCUCCACCCUUCCUCAACCCCUUCACUCCACCACUCUCCCUCUUAAAUAAUCCCUCCUUCUUACAGUACCCGCCACACAUCCCAGUUUCACCCCUUCUCAGCCCCUUCACUCCUCCACAUUCCAUGGCCCCUUACCCUCAGCUACACUCCUACACACAUUUCUCUCCCUCGCAUUCCAUCUCCCCUUUCUCUAACCCGCCCUCGGCCUCCCUCACCCCCUUCACUUCUCAACCUUCACCUCACCAUGUCCCCGCACCCUCUCCCCCAUAUUCCUUACCUCGUUCAGAGCUCAUCGUCUUGUCAGAUGAUGAUAGUGGUCGAGACUGCGCUCUGAUCCCUGAACGUGUCACACCAGCAAUGAGGAAGCAGCUGGAGUCACAAAGAACUUGUCAGAUAGGAUGCAGUGAUCCGAGUGAUUCACUCCGGACAGUGGAUCUGAAGCUGACUUCAAUUGUUAGCCUUGCUGGACAACAAGAACACUGGCACUGGAACAAGGAAACUUCUCUCAAUCCUCCGAGUGAGGUAGUUGACCCUAUGACUCGGUCGCUCGAGUCCUCUUCUUCAGCUCCUGUGGCAGGACAAUCCUCAGUGUCUCGGAUACAGGUCAGCUCAGUUGUGAGUCUCUCAGAUAAUUUAUAUUCCCCUAAUCGCGACAGUAAACACUCUGCAGAACACGGAACUAAACUUGUUGAACCAACCCAGCCGAAGGCAUUCAGCCUGUCCUCGGUCAACAGUUUCUUUAAAGAAUUAGAGCCCACUAUCGAAUCAAACCCUGAAUCACCCUCAACAUCAAACCUGGGGUCGAACCUUGAAGCACCCUCAACAUCAAAUCUCAAAUCGAUCAUUGAAGCAUCCUCAAUAUCAAGUCUAAAGUCGAACCUUGAAACACCAUUAACGUCGAACCUCGAAACAUCUUCUACACCAAACUCGGAUUUUCACCAAAAGGUGGAAAGUAUCCAGCCUGCUCACUUCAUACUCGAGCCCGUUACCUUGAAGAAAACUAAAUUGACAACACCAGCUCCCAGCGAUACUUCGAUUGUUGUAAUCUUGGAUAAUAACACUAAAAAGCUAAAGGAAGUUACCGAGGAGCCUUUAGUAAAUUUACGGGAACAUUUUCAGCCAACUCCACUCCUACUUGUUAACCAAAUCAUCAGCUACAAACAACUGUACGAGUCUAAAGACCUGUCCAUGCAAGCCAUUAGAGACAUCACAACCUGCCCACUUUGCAGGGUAGCUCUAAACAAGAAAAUGAAGAACUGGACCUCACCCAAACUUCAGAUGAAUAUAAUAAAACACAUGAAGACAGUUCACAAGGUGGUGGGUAUAAAGUGUAUCUCCUGCAAGAAAACCAAGGUACCUGAACACGAUAUACCGUGUUUGUGUAGGACCUGUGAUGUUUGUCUCAAGUCCUUCCCAUCAGGAACCUGUUUUGAGAGGCAUGCUAAAAGCGCCCACAUCAAGCUGGUAGAACCUGAUUCCAAGGAUACAAGUUUCUUCCAGUGCAUCCUAUCAAACUCUUGUAACUUCUCCUGCAGCUCCAACCUCAAUUUCUCCAAACACCUGGCUGAGGAUCACCAUGUGAUUACCUAUCAGGACGAGAACCCAACCAACACUAUAGUUAAAUGCCCUCUCUGCUCCUUUAAAAGUGACACGGUCUCCAAGUUGAGAUCGCAUAUCAGUAGUUUUCAUUUUGCUUCCGGAGCUGGCAAGAAGUUUCGUGAUAGAAAGCACAAAUCUUUGUCGAGUAGUAUCUUUGUUUUUAGCAGUAGUUAUGAGAGGGGGAGUGAUGUCGGGGUGUUGUCGAAAGACAGUGGUCCAGAUCAGGAAGACGAUGUUGACGUAGGCUAAAUUAUUAAGUUGAUGAUAUAUUUUGUAGCUCGUAGCAGUAGUUUUUAGAUGCUAGUAUUUAUU